AUGUCUCUUCUCCAUUUUCAGUUGUACAACAACGGAGGCUACUCGCACGAUCUGUCGUGGCCUGUUCUGGAGCGCGCCCUGUUCCAUUCGGACAACGUCUACAACGUGCCCCACUUCCGGGUCAAGGGUCGCGUGUGCAAGACCAACCUGCCGUCGAACACCGCCUUCCGAGGGUUCGGUGGUCCCCAGGGCAUGAUCGUCACCGAGGCCUGGGUCGAACACAUCGCCCACCAGCUCAAGAUGGAGCCGGAGGACGUGCGUAAGAAGAAUAUGUAUCUGUACGAAGACAAGACCCACUUCGGGCAGCCGAUCAACCUCAAGCUGCACGAGCUGUGGGACCAGUGCGAGGCCCAGAGCGACCUGCGCCAGCGCAAGAAGGCCAUCGCCGAGUUCAACCGGGAGAACAGAUUCCGCAAGCGCGGCAUCUCCAUGAUUCCCACCAAGUUCGGCAUCUCCUUCACCUUCACCCCGCUCAACCAGGGCUCGUCGCUCGUAAACGUCUACACCGACGGCACCGUACUCAUCACUCACGGUGGUGUUGAGAUGGGCCAGGGCCUGCACACCAAGGUCAUGCAGGUUGCUGCCAACGCCCUUGGCGUAGGCAUGAAGGAUGUGCAUGUGUCGGAGACAGCGACGGACAAGAUCCCCAACGCCUCCGCGACGGCAGCCUCGCAGGGAACUGACCUCUACUGCAUGGCCACCUUCAACGCCUGCGAGAUCCUCAAUGAGCGAUUGGCACCGUUCCGCGAGAAGAUGCCCGGCGCUUCGUUCAAGGAGCUGGUGCAGGCGGCCUGGUUCGACCGCGUGAACCUGUCGGCGCAGGCCUUCUACAAGGUGCCCGUGUCGGGCUUCAACUUCGAGACGGGCGAGGGCAAGCCCUUCUGCUACUUCACCUCGGGCGUCGCCGCCACGGAGGUCCAGAUCGACACCCUCACCGGCGAUUACCGCCCGCUCCGCACCGACAUCGUCAUGGACGUCGGCAAAUCGAUCAACCCCGCCAUCGACAUCGAAGGCGCCUUUGUGCAGGGCGCCGGUUGGCUCACGAUGGAGGAGCUGGUCUGGGGUGACAAGGACCACCCGUGGGUGCGACCGGGCCGCCUGAGGACGAACGGUCCUGGCGCGUACAAGAUCCCGUCGUGCGACGACAUCCCCCGCGAGUUCAACAUCACUCUCAUGAAGGAUAGCUCCAACCCCAGCGCCAUCCACUCUUCGCGGGCCAUCGGCGAGCCGCCGCUGUUCCUGGGCUCUUCGGCGCUGUUCGCCAUUCGAAACGCCAUCGGCGCCGCGCGAAAGGACGAGGGCCUCGACAACUGGCUGCCCGUUCACGCCCCGCUCACCGCCGAGCGCAUCAGGAUGGCCUGCACGGACGGAUUCACUAAGUCGGUGCUCGACGGCCAGACAGACUUCUUUGCCAAGGGCAGCUUCUGA